UGUGUGUGUGUGUGUGUGUGUGUGUGUGUGUGUGUGUCUGGAUGCCUAUGUGUGUGCAGGGCGGGGGUCAGGCCUCCAUUUUUACCAGGAGGUCUGCAGCAGCUGUCCACUGGCAUGCAAGAGGGAGCGCCACAGUGGUGAUACAGGGGUUCAGAAGUGAACCGAGGCAGCUCUGUGCAGUUUGAUCCAGGAAGAUUUACUCUCACCAUCUUCAGCCCGUCAAGGACCUGCAGCCCUAUCAUGGCGGAUCAGUACCAGUACAACCCAACACCAACCAACACCAACGAGGAGAAGAUUGUGAAGGACAGCCACACCAAGGAGAUUGAUUUAAUUAACAGAGAUCCCAAGCAGAUCAAUGAGGACGUGGUGAAGGUGGACUUUGAGGAUGUCAUUGCAGAGCCUGAUGGUACACACAGUCUGGAUGGGGUGUGGAAGCUCAGCUACACCACCUUUACUGUGUCCAAGUACUGGUGCUACCGCAUCUUGUCUGCUGUCUUCGGUAUCCCUGUUGCUCUGCUAUGGGGCUUCCUGUUCGCAUGCAUUUCCUUCUGCCAUAUCUGGGCCGUGGUUCCCUGCAUCAAGAGCUGUCUGAUUGAGUCGCAGUGCAUCAGCCGCAUCUACUCUCUCUGCAUCCAGACCUUCUGUGAUCCCUUCUUUGAAGCCCUGGGCAAGAUCUUCAGCAGUGUGCGUGUUGCACUGCGCAAAGAAGUCUAAGAACUCACACAGUAGUGUUUAUAGUACGAUUGGAUGAAGUGUGGUAUCUUUUUAUACACCAGAAGAUCAGUCCUUGCAUCAUGCUUACUCCCUGAUACUCCUCCUCCUUCCUUCAUAACAUGCUGUUCCCCGCCCACCCAUCCUCAAGCUCUCAGCACUGAGUCCUGUCAUGCCGGUGUGCCACCAGAAGCUCAGUGACAGCUGCAGCAGGCAGCGUGGUUCUGUGACAGCGCUGGCACUCCUGGAGGGCUCAGUGCUCCUCAGAGGGAUGCUUACCAUGAGGAGGAUGGAUCUGCCCUCAUUUAUUUGUAUCACAUAAGCUACUCAUUCACAAACCAAUUAAAUGACCUGUCCCAUAAUUGCUGCACCUGUGGACAAUGCUGCCUGUAUGCGUUACAUUUAGUCAUUUUUAAAAGUCAUAUUGAUGCUCUAUGUUGCUGUGUCUGGUAUUGUUUAACUUUAUAAGGUUUUAACUGGAUUUGACAAUCAUGUAUGUUACCUUAUUUUCAAAGCUCUAACAAAAAGAAUUGAAUGGAACGUUUUUUUCUCUACAUAAUUAUUUGGUGAUUACUGAUGACUCCAUAGUAACUAACAGAGUAUUUUUCUGAAAUGCAGAUGCAAGGAAUAUAUUUGGAAACAGCAAUGCAGAUAAUCUACUUCCUUUCAAAGUCAGAUGAGUGGAACCUCAUCUCACUUUGAAAACUACUUACUUUUGCACUUUUCAAGUAAGCUAGAAUGUGUAUACAAGUAUGGACCUACCUUCUAAUGGAGUAAAGUAAAAACCUCUGUAUGAGACCCAUUGUCAUGUUCCACCGUGUUAUUCUUAUUAUUUAGAAAAGUAUAAUACCUUUGCUACUAUUGUGCACCAGCAGGGAAUUUUUUUUUGUCACAUAUGCAGUACAUAUGGUGAAACUAAUUUAAAGACACUUGAUGAAACCUUAUAAUAAGUGCAUUGCACCACUGGUAAAGUGUGUUCUGUGUAUUAUUUUAAUUAAUUCAGAGAGGCUUAAGAAAUACAUUUUUGGGUUUACCAAACACGUCACUGUCUUUCAGUGAUAUCUGUUUUGCCAACUACAGUGGAAGCAGUGACCCAGGAGCUGUGACCCACAAGAGGUAGCUGUUGUGUGUCUUUCAUGUUCUUCUCUUUUGUGUCUGAGAUUCAUAGUUGAUGAUUUCAGUGUCACCACACCCUUCUUUGUUCAUAACCUUUCUUUCUGGCUAACUCAUUCUAGUAUUUUAUUGUGCUGUUUAUAUAAGCAGAAACAGCACACUCUGUGCACAUUAUUAUUCUCAUUUAUGAACUGUAUUAAGCAGUGUAAUUAAGUAGCAAAUUUGCCAAAACCUAUAAAGAGACAUAACAUGUUUAGAAUAAAAAUACAACCAAAGUA